GCCUCCACUAGCGAUGUACAGACAGAGAAUCAGAUAUGGGGCUUCAGCUUCUCAAGCUCCCAAAUCACACCGUAAUCUCCUGCCGUUUUGCAAGAACUAGUUCAAGCUUCUCUUUUCUCUUCUCGCAACCCAACUUACAGGAGCUCACUGCGAGAUGGGUCGGAGUGCCAAUGCAUAGAACCUUUGCUUCUGUGAAGUUUGCAAAGGCUCAACCACCAAAGAAGAGGAAGAGGCUAGAUGAGGUAUGCCUCGAGAGGUUUCAACAGUAUAGUCGAACCUUCAUCCAGUCAUGGAUCUUACAAGGGAAAGUAUUUGUGGAUGGAAAGGUAGUCAACAAAGCCGGGACUCCAGUCUCGGACAAAGCUGUUGUACAUAUAAUGGCUGAAGUCCCAAAAUAUGUAUGUAGAGCAGGACACAAGUUAGAAGCUGCCAUUGAACAGCUAGGUAUUGAUGUUUCGGGCAAAGUAGCUCUUGAUUCUGGGUUGUCAACUGGUGGAUUUACUGACUGCUUACUUCAGUACGGUGCAUCAUUUGUUUAUGGAGUUGAUGUAGGUUAUGGGCAGGUGGCAGAAAAAAUUCGGACGCAUGAACUUGUUAGCGUGAUAGAAAGAACAAAUUUAAGAUACCUUCCUGGACUCCCUCAAAAAGUUGACUUGGUGACUUUGGACCUCUCUUUCAUCUCCAUUCUAUUGGUCAUGCCUGCUAUAGUCAAUGUGAUGAAGGAAGAGGCGACACUGGUCACCCUGGUUAAACCUCAAUUUGAAGCUCGCAGAUCACAAGUAGGAAGUGGUGGGAUUGUGAGGGAUCCAUUAAUCCAUCAAGAAGUUCUUGAUAGGAUUAUCAAGGGUGUAGAGAAUUUUGGAUUUAGCAGCAAAGGAUGGAUCGAGUCUCCACUUAAGGGUGCUGAGGGCAAUACAGAAUUCCUCGUUCACUUUACUCGGACAGCUAAGAGAAGUGAGGAUGAACUUAAAACGUUAAAUAUGACAGAACCUGUUCAUUCUCCCGAAUCUGCCAUUAAGGAGUAGCACAAAACGGAAGAUAGGGUUAGCAAUCCCAAUUGUCCGGGGUCCAAACGUUGUUACUUGAAAUCAUCAAUUAGCUUAUUUGAAAAGGUUUUUCUACAAUUGUAAGGAUGAGCAAACUGCAUAAUGCGAUCUGAUAUUUCGGGUUUACUUCCGGUUUA